CGUCCCAGGGUUUGCGCAGAUCGCCGCUGCUGUGAUACAGCAAGUUCACAGCUACGCUAGAAGAACUGGGCUUGUACCUAGUGCCCGAAGCAGAGUGCUUACACAUGAAUAACAAGCUAGUCGUGUUCUUUUACGUGGACGAUACAGCUAUGCUCUCGCGGCACAGUGAUUACGACAAAUACCUAUCCUUCCGAAACAAGCUCUUCAACAAAUACGAGACGAGAUAUGGUCAUUUACGGUGUUUUUUUUUUAGGUACGCGGUUUAUAAGGGAUUGAUCUUAAACAACAUCGAAAAUACUGCUCAUUCUGACUAUCCUGUGAAUUCCAGGCGGAUUCUGCUUCCAGAGGAUUAGGUUAACACAAUUGAACACUUCUCAACUUGUACUGGUGAGCUAACAGACACUGCUUUCUUCAUGGUCACGUAACCUACGUCCUUCCAUAUUUAAUGACGAAGUAAAGUACGGUAGC